AUGGUACAGAAGCAAGGAGUAACCCAAUGUGGACUGGCAGGAGUCCUUCUGUUGGUGUUGGCUACCUUGUUGGUAGGAAGCGGGACCUGUACAUAUUAUUAUGGAUAUAAUCCUUGUGAAGAGGAAGCAGCACCCAACAGAGGUAAUCACCAGGUAAUUCGUUCCCAGCAAGUAUGUGGGCGCCCCACUGCCCUCAACAGGAAUGUGGGGGGUGAAGACUCUGUGGCGGGUGAAUGGCCGUGGCAGGUCAGCUUGAUGAGGAUGGGCAAGCAUGUAUGUGGAGGGGCCCUAAUCUCCAAUGACUGGAUUGUAACAGCAGCACACUGUUUUCAACCGAACAGCAUUCCGUCUCAAUUCAACGUGUUGUUGGGAGCCUACAAACUGGAGAACUCUUGGCCCCACAGGCUCUCUAUUGGGGUUGGAGCAAUCUUCCGAAACCCCCGGUAUGCAGGAGAAGCCACGAGUGGAGACAUCGCCUUGGUGCGGUUGGCCCAGCCAGUCAGGUUCACUGACUACAUCAUACCAAUCUGUCUGCCUGCAGCCAAUGUGCACUUUCCCCCAGGCAUGAAGUGCUGGGUCACAGGCUGGGGGGAUAUCAGUGAAGGACAGGAUCUACCAGCUCCGAAGAAGCUCCAGAAACUCCAGGUGCCCAUAAUAGACACCCAGACCUGCAGGAGACUCUACAGCAUCGACAUGGGUCAGAAUCUGCCCCAAAAAUCCAUCCAGAAUGACAUGAUGUGUGCUGGGUAUGCUGAGGGCAUGAAAGACACAUGCAAGGGUGACUCUGGUGGCCCAUUGAUGUGCAAGAUGAACAAAGAGUGGCUCUUGGCUGGUAUUGUGAGCUGGGGGGAAGGCUGUGCUGAGAGGAACCGCCCCGGUGUGUACAUCCGUCUAACCUCCUACCAGGGCUGGAUUCAGCGGCGUAUCCCUGACAUGGAGUUCAUUCAGCCUAGCCAGGGUAACGUCAAGGUCAAGAAUACAGGCACUGGUAGAACCAAUGGGAUGGGACCAUCUUUCUUCAUCACUGCUCUGCUGCUGGCCUUAGUGUGGACCCUUAAUCGAAUCUUGGCAUAG